AUGCUGGCUACGCCAUGUUUCUCCAACACGCUGUCUGGAUCCUGGGGUGCACAGACACAGAUAGCUAGAAGUCCGUCUGCGCUGGACAGAACAGAUGGGACACUUAGGGACGCGGUGACAGGAGUACAGGGGACAUCUGUCACCGAGGUAACUUUAGAAACACGACCGUUUUGUUCUUCACAUCGUGACAGAGACGGACUAGACGCUGCCGGAGAUACUUCGAAGAACAAGAAAGUGGAAAUGUCUUCAGAACAAGAAGGAACCACUCAGAACUACAGGAGAAUACUUGUAAAAGCUCCUAAGGGUGUGGUAAAGGAGAUGGUCUUACCCCGGGCACUUGACAUCGACCGGCCGAAGAGAGCCCGGACGGCGUUCACCGCUGACCAGCUGAAGGACCUGGAGAGAGCCUUCCGGGAUAGCCAGUACGUGGUGGGACAGGACAGGACGGAGCUGGCCAGGCAACUGGGACUCACGGAAACACAGGUCAAAGUGUGGUUCCAGAAUCGGAGGACAAAAUACAAGCGUGAGAAGGCACGGGAAGCCGAGAAGACGCAGGCCAACUCCGAGACCCUCGCCGCACUGAACAUUUGGAAACUCCUGCAAACUGCGCCGCCUAGCGACGUUCUGCCGCCAGUGCCCACUCUCGCGAGAUCUCCGUCCGAGGCGCGAGAUCUGGGAAGAAGGGAACAACCUGUCGGUGGCUCGCCGUGUGCCACACGGCUCGAGGGGAAUUGUGUUCCUGUGUGUACCGUUACAGAGGGGGGUUGGCAGCCUUUAGUACACCGAGAUAUCCGUCCACAAGCAGCUAUUCCCCCGACGUGGCCAAAUCUCUCACUGUUCUCGAGACAAAACUACGACAAUGUUCAUUAAAGAUCAU